AUGUUUAACCCACACGUGUUAGAUUCUCCAGCUGUGAUUUUUGACAAUGGGUCCGGGCUCUGUAAGGCAGGCCUGUCUGGAGAGAUUGGCCCCCGCCACGUCGUCCACUCCAUCGUGGGGCACCCCAAGUUCAAGAUGCCUUCUGCGGGGGCCAAUCAGAAGCAGUACUUUGUGGGGGACGAGGCCCUGCACAGGAACGAGGUCUUACGCCUGCACUACCCCAUCCAGCGAGGCCUGAUCACAGGCUGGGACGACAUGGAGAAACUCUGGAAGCAUCUCUUCGAGUGGGAGCUGGGGGUCAAAGCCAGCGACCGGCCGGUGCUCAUGACGGAGCGCUCGCUGAACCCCAGGGAGACCCGGGAGAAGAUGGCCGAGGUGAUGUUUGAGAGCUUCGACGUGCCCGCCUUCUACCUGUCGGACCAGGCCGUGCUGGCCCUCUACGCCUCGGCCUGCAUCACCGGCCUGGUGGUGGACAGCGGGGACGGGGUCACCUGCACCGUCCCCAUCUUCGAGGGCUACUCCCUGCCCCACGCCAUCACCAAGCUCUACGUGGCGGGGAGAGACAUCACGGAGCACCUCACCCGGCUGCUGCUGGCCAGCGGGAGGACCUUCCCGUGCGUGCUGGACAAAGCCCUGGUGGACGACAUCAAGGAGAAACUCUGCUAUAUGGCCCUGGAGCCGGAGAAGGAGCUGUCGCGGAGGUCGGAGGAGGUGUUCAGGGAGUACAAGCUGCCCGACGGCAGCAUCAUCCGUAUCGGGGACCAGCUGUACCAGGCGCCCGAGGCCCUGUUCUCGCCCGAGCAGCUGGGCAUCCAAAACCCGGGCCUCUCCAAAAUGGUCUCCUGCAGCAUCACCAAGUGUGACGCCGACAUCCAGAAGAUGCUCUAUGGGGAGAUUGUGCUGUCCGGGGGCACCACGCUCUUCCGGGGGCUGGAUGACCGUCUUCUGAGGGAGCUGGAGCAGGUGGCUUCCAAAGGGACCCCCAUCAAGAUCACAGCGCCGCCCGACCGCUGCUUCUCCACGUGGAUUGGCGCCUCCAUCGUCACCUCCCUGAGCAGCUUCAAGCAGAUGUGGGUCACCUCUGCGGACUUCAAGGAGUUUGGGACGUCCGUGGUUCAGAGAAGGUGCUUCUGA